UCACACUCCCUCCUCCCUCCGCCCUCUUCCCCUUCUCACUUACCUGUCAAAGCUGUAUACACCUCGGCGGCUCCUUUUAUUGUGCCCAGAAUCCUUCCCUUGUCCUCAUUUCUAGACCUUCGUCCCGAACAAACAUCCCCACCCUGCAACCCUCCACUUUACCUUAACUCAGGAGAGAAGAUGCCACCCACAACGGUCGCAGCAAUGCCAACAACAACGGCCUUCCCCCCGCGCCAGCGACAGGGAUACCUGACCGAGAAACUCCCACUAGCCAGCGUGACCGACUCCCCCACACCAACCAUCUCAAACCACAACGCCCCCAAAGAAGAAGCACCAGAAGAAACAUCCCUACCCUACUGGCUCAUGAACAUCCCCCAGUCCCAAUGGACCCCCACCUGUCCCAGCUACCUCCGCGACAUCUCGCAAAAGAACAUCGACAUCCUCUCAACCCCAGACCACCUCUACCAAAGACAAGGAUGGAACCUCGUCACAGAGCUCGUCCGCACGAACCGAAUCGACCGCUUCCAGCGCCUCCCCAGCGAUCUGCGCCGGUACCUGGAGUACAAGGAGCGGAUCAUCGCCGAGCACGGGUCGAUCAUGCGCUUCGUCGUGAAGGAGCGCUUGCGGUGGGGGGAAGGCCGGCAGAGUGAUUUGCGGGCCAAGGGGCGGCCGUUCGAGUUCGAUGAGGACCUCCGCAUCUUAUACAACGACUGGCCCUACGGCCUCGAGCCGGACAUCGUGCACCUCGUGGUGUGGACCAAAUUCCCGCUGGAGGAGGAUCCGGUCGUUGAUGAUUUGACGCCGCGCGCGCGCCGCGAGAUCGACGGGUUCGUGCGGCGGACGUUCCAUGCGCGCAUGGCGCCGGAGCAGGUAACCUGGUUCCGGAACUGGCGGUCGCUCAAGUCGGUCCAUGCCGUCGAGCAUUUCCAUGUCAUGCUGUAUCGGCCCCCGCCCGCGUUUUUGGAGGAGAUUACCCGCGGCGAUUGCCCGGCGCACGUGAUCGGGUAGCUUGGCUGCUUGGUUCAAGGAGGUUGCGACCUUGGGGUCUCCGAAGCGGAUUGAAUGGGAUAUUAGCGCGAUCUGACAUAGACUUGCUAAAGGAGGUUGUUUGAUGUUGGAAGAUGAUUUGCUCGUGCUGCGAUCAUAUAGGGCUAAUUUUCUUUAAGCUUUGAAUUUUAACGUAGUGCAAUUUGU